CACGUGUCGCCUGAAAAGGGAACGAGCAUCGAUUCGCGGAAUAUUAAAGGAGGAGGAGAAGCGCUCCUGAAAGAGAGAGAAAACGCUCGGAAAGGGCAUUCGAUCGCUGCUCCCGCGUCAAUCUCUCUCGCUCUCUGACAAAGCUUUCGACAAUUCGCUCUUCAUGAAUUCAAGAAGUACAGUGGCAUCUGCUGUUUCCUGCAAAUCGGGAAACAAAAACAGCUUCUUCUUCUGGAUUUUGGUUUGCCUGCUCCCAAGAUUCUUGGGAGCUCCAGUUGUUUUCGAGAACUUCCAGUUGUUCAAGGCUAUUGUUAGAAAUCCUUCUUCAUCAGUUUGUGUCUUGAAGGCUUUUGCAUAGAUCCAGCCAUACCAGUGACUUACCGUUAACUGUGUGGAGUAUUCACCAUCUAUUCAUUACUCGGAGAGAUGGUUUCUUCUCAAAUGUCCAGUUUGACUGGCACUCGCCCAUUCAAGCCCUUACAGAGACCGUUGUUUGUUCGUGUGGAGCCCUCUGAUGUUUCCUCUGAGUAUGAGGAGUUUGAUUUUUCUGAUGUAUUUGGUCCCUCGCCAGUUCAAGCCUCAGUUGAAGUAAAUUUAGUGAGUCCAGGAAAUUCUGUACCGGUCUUGGACUCAAAUGAAGUUGUUUAUGAUGAUCCGGUGGUCAUACACAACAGAUCACAUUCACUGGUAGGGCCCACUACUUGUGUUAGCCAAUCCUUGCAGCUCAGCAAGCUCACCUUACAUGAAACAGAGAGUUCUCUGGAACUUGUAGAAUGUGUCAGUGGGGAGAAACUAUCAGAAAUAGAGGAGUCACCUGCAGCUGAUGCAGCGGAGAAACCGUCCAAUGACAUUUACCCUCAAUCAUGUAAGAGUCAAGCUGUUGGACUUGAGGAUUUUGAAGUUAUGAAGCUUGUUGGGCAAGGUGCAUUUGGGAAAGUGUUCCAAGUGAGGAAGAAAGGUACUUCAGAAAUUUAUGCAAUGAAGGUCAUGCGGAAGGAUAAGAUCAUGGAGAAGAAUCAUGCAGAAUACAUGAAAGCUGAAAGAGAUAUUUUAACUAAGAUUGAUCACCCCUUCAUUGUGCAGCUCAGAUACUCUUUCCAGACGAAGUACAGGCUGUAUCUUGUGUUGGAUUUUGUCAAUGGAGGACACCUAUUCUUUCAGCUUUAUCAUCACGGCCUUUUUAGGGAGGAUCUAGCACGCAUAUAUACUGCUGAGAUUGUUUCUGCAGUUUCCCACCUCCAUGCAAAUGGUAUAAUGCAUCGAGAUCUCAAACCUGAGAACGUCCUCCUUGAUGCUGAUGGCCAUGCUAUGCUGACUGACUUUGGCCUGGCAAAGCAAUUCUUGGAGAACACUAGAUCGAACUCCAUGUGCGGGACGGUAGAAUACAUGUCACCUGAAAUUGUGCUUGGAAAGGGACAUGACAAGGCCGCUGACUGGUGGAGUGUCGGAAUUCUAUUGUUUGAAAUGCUUACUGGGAAGCCACCUUUCGUAACUGGCAACCGCGAGAAGAUUCAGCAGAAAAUCAUAAAGGACAAGAUCAAGCUACCGGCAUUUCUGUCCAGCGAAGCUCAUUCUCUUUUGAAAGGGCUGCUGCAGAAAGAAGCAAGCAGGAGGCUCGGCAGUGGGCCAGAUGGCAGUGAGGAGAUAAAGCGCCACAAGUGGUUCAAGCCAAUCAACUGGAGAAAACUGGAGGCCCGGGAGAUCCAGCCCAGCUUCCGCCCCAACGUUGCCGGCAAGCACUGCAUUGCCAACUUUGAGGAGCGGUGGACCAACACACCCCUCUCUGACUCUCCAGUGGCCAGCCCAGUCGCUGGUGAGUGCAACUUUGUGGGGUUCACUUACGUGAGGCCGGCUCCUUAUCUCCAAAGGACCGGUUCUUUUCUAGGAAGAGAUGCCCAUCCACUUUGAAAACUCUUUUUAUUCAAGUGUUGCUUGUUUUGAGGUGUUUCAGACAAAGAUGGGAUAAGAUAGCUUCUGUGUAUGGAAGUAUGACAGGAUUAAGUUGUCUCUCCUCUGGUAGAUUAUCUUGGUGUAAGUGCGCCAGCUGUGCAUGGCACGGCCAUGUACUAUGUAUAAUUUUUGCUGCAUUGGUUUAUGCCUUUAUUCUUGCUUUGGACCA